AUGUCGGGUGUCACGCAAGCAACGGACCAGAAUAUAUUUGAUUUCCGUCACGCUCUCAAAGCAACUAAAGCUUUGCCGCGCUCGGGCAUCAGUACAGCCUCAAUCCAUGCCUGGAUUUGUUGGGGCCUUCGGACAGCAUGUAACCAAGGUGUUUUCUCUGAUAAAUUCUUCACUAGCAUGGAGGUGGUAUCUAAAGCUGUAAUUGAUGCGCGGGCUUGGCAGAAGGCAAAUGAACUAACAGCGGUCCGAAGACUGACAAAUACUCCACGAAAACUGCCUCUAAUCUCCGUUCACAAUCAUACCAUGUGUGUAGAUGGGGCUUGGCAUCAAGCUUCCUCUAACUAUGGAAUGGGAUGGACGAUUUCGACCAGAGAUAAUGCAUUUGAUUCCCAGUUCUCCUGUACAAAUCGGCAGUGGUCUCUGCCCUGGCGGCAGAAGCUUGGGCCCUACGAACAGCCCUCCUCUCUGCCGUGGAACAAGGGAUUUGGGAGAUCAAAGUAUGCUCUGACUCUUUUAACUUGA